AUGACGAUCUCCCUUCAAGAUUGCCAUUAUUAUGAACAGAGCGGAAUAGUGCCAGUUUUUGUGAUGCAGAGCCCCAACCCGUUUUGUGACGUCCUUUUGACCUCUGAGUUACCUCAGCGGGACGAAAAAAGUACGUUGCGUAAAUUGGAAGAGAACGUAAGAGGUUAAGUGGCGUCAUAUUUAGUUUAUUGCACUGCCAAGUAGCCAAUAACUUGUUUUGAAAGUAUGUAAAAGCUGAAUAAAAUUUUGAGCCAAAGUUAGAAUACUUUUUUUCUUUUUUUUUUCAUUUUUUUGACUGGGAUUGAACGGAUAAAGUGAACGCGCCGUGAACUUGCUUUAGCGGGGUCUAAUAAAGUUGUUUCUGACGUCAUUUUGAGAGGCUCGAUACAUGUUCAAUCUCUCAACCUGUCCCCAAAAAGAAGCCCUUUCAACUAAUAUCCCUUUUUCCGCUCAAUACAAUAAUAGAGCCUAAACUCCAUGAGAAUGAAAAAUGGAAUAUAAUGCAAAAAAAUCUUGCUUUUUCGAAAGAGAUGAAAUAUAAAUCAUCUCCAUAACAACCUUGAAAAUCCGGGCCUUUCUUCAUUCCUUUCGGUCUCAUGGAACCGUUAAGUGAGCAACCCCGAAUUAGAAAGACCCUAAGAUACUAAGAGAAAAGACCAACGCGCCUAUUAAACUUCCAGCCUUGACACUUCGCUGCGAUUUUUCAAUGGCACUUCACCUUUCUCCAAUUUGACGCAUUUUGAACCUUUGCCAAUUCGUUUAUUGGGCCUUACAGAACUCUCUCAAUUUCCAGAAUUUGACCUGGAGAUGAUUCACUCCAGUGAACGCAUAAUACUUGCUUUUAUGCUAUUCGGGGUGUACAUCAUUUUCUCAACGGUCACUUAUUUCUACGCGGGUACAGCUUUUUUGAAUGACAUCAUUUCGAGCGAAGAAGCGUCUGACCAAUUUUGGACCGUCUGUAAACUGCCGGUGCUAAACCCAUGGGAUCCGGAACUGAUGCAGGUUAAUCGUCUUUUUGUUCUCAUUACGUGGUUGUUUUACAGGCUAUCGCGCAAAGUAAGAAUAAAUGGAAGAAAAAGUGCUGGGAAAGGAAAUCUCUCACAAAACUCGAAAACGGAAAAGUGUUUGUCGAGCCCCCGUAUACGGGUGAAUACUGCAGAGCGAGGUCAGUGAAAAAAUGAGCAAAACGAAAUUUUUUUAUUUAUCGCUGGUUUUUUUUUAUCAAAGUGACUGGAAAACUUCAGGUGCCAUAGACAUUUGAACGACGUAGAAAAUGUGAUUGGAGGAUGGCAGGAACUCGGAGAAAAUAUGAACUGCGAGUUUGUCGAGACGGCCUGCUGGAGAAACAACACAAUGGUUUACGGUAGAAUGGACUCUCAAAUCAUCCCAGGGUUCGAAUAAAAUUUAUUCCUACAAUAUCUCAUUCAGGAAGAUCAAGCCGCUGAAGAAAGCUCAAACUAAAGAUUCUGGCCCGAAACACAAAUACGACGUUUACAUUCUGUUGCUCGAUUCUGUCGCCUAUUCUCAGUCGCGCAGGUGAUAUAAUCAUAUUAUCUUUAUCUUUUUUGGAAUAGCUCAUUUGAGAAAAAUCUGAUCCUCAGUAUCUGUGUGUCAUAUUAAAAAAUCGGGUCUCAUUUAUUUGAAUUCUGAGGGCUGAAAGUUGAUGGCUAUUAGAACAAUCGAGCUCUCUGAACGUUAUUCAUACUCCAUUUACUAGUUUUUGGUCGUGAUGAGAGUCGAGUGCUAAUACGCCUGUAUUUUUAUAUUUUGCCGUGUUCCCAUCAUUUCUGCCUUGAUUUAACAAAUUUUUUAGCACAGCCCUUGUCGCAGUUAACGCCAAUCGGCUUUUGAAAGACGUUCAAAUUCAUAAAGUGCGUACACUUUUCUAAUGUAUCACAUAAGCAUGCCGCAAUUGCCGUCUCGAUUUUUAUACUCUGAUUUUCCGUGAAAAAGGCUCCAUAAUUGACGAUAUUUCAGAGUCCUCCGAAAGACAAUGCAUUACUUCGAAAACGAUAUGAAGGCGGUGACAUUCCCACAUAUAAAUAAAGUCGGUGACAACAGCCGUCCAAACGGAAUCGCUCUGUGGUUUGGUAAUAAAAGGUUAUUUUUUCAGAUUAAACAAACCUUUUUAGGGAAAUCGGUAGAAGCUCUCGACAAAACUCUGUUCGGCGGUGGAGUCACUCCAGCAGACUGGGAUUUCCCACAUUAUUGCGAUACGUAUCUGGAUGAUGAGAUGUCGAUAUUCAAGGAGUUUGGGCAGAACGGCUAUACGGUAAGUCAGAGUAAUUUCGAUGCAAUCAAAAUUUCAUCAAGACUCUCCUGGGGGAAGACUGGGCUGACGGUGUUCUGAACUGGCCGCACUGUAAAGGUUUUCUCAAGAAACCUGUGAAUCACUAUAUGCGGUAAUGUCUUAACUGAUGCUUUCAAUUGAAUUUGAAACUGCAGACCCUUUCAAUUGGCGACCGAAAGACUUGGCAGUUAUGUGACGAGAAACAAUUCGAGAGACGGCAGCACUUGCAGAGAGCCUCACCACACUCUUCUCAAAUACCUCCAACAGUUCAUGGACGCUUAUCCAGAUGGUUCGUUUCCAGCGUUAUGACUUCAACUCCUGAGCAGAACUCAGGAAAAUGGCUUGGCUGUGGAUGUCGCAUCUGGGUCAUGAUUCGCCAGUCAAAGUCGAACACGCAGAUCCCGAUUUUCUCAACUUCCUUAAACACAACAAGAAAAAAGUAUGUUUUGCUAGUUUACUCAUGUCAUUAGUCUUUUUUCAGUUGGAUAACUCCUUCGUCGUAAUUAUGGGGGACCAUGGCCUUCGAUUCGGAGAAGUUAUUCGCGAAAAAUCGCUGAUUAAUGAAUCUUGAACUAUAGGUGACUAAAACAAGAGUUGGCGCCAUAGACGUCAAUAAUCCGCUGUUCUCGAUUUCGAUCCCUUCUACACUUCGCAGAUCUUCUAAGAUACUGGAAAACUUGAAGGAAAAUGCUCGACAUCUCCAGACUCACUAUGACAUCCGAGCGACUUUACUUGAGCUAGCAAGAGUUUAUUUUAAUCGAGAAUCCUGUUUCAAUCUCUGAUUUUAGCACAAAGCGCCUGAAGAUUUCAAUAUAGAGGAAGAGUUUUAUGAUCCAAAUGAAAAAGGAACUUCGCUGCUCAGAAAGCCAAAUGCAACACUGACGAGGUCCUGCCAUAACUUACCAAUUCCAUUCGAGUACUGCAUGUGCGAAUACAGUGUCAUUGAUAUCGACAGGUAAAAUUUAUGGUUCUUUUCUCGAAUUUAUCUUGUUUUGCAGGAACACGGAACUUGCAAAAACCUUGGGAGAGUUUCUCGCUCUUUCUAUCAAUAAAAGACUCGAAGAGAAAAAGUUCGACAAAAAGUGUAUGAAAAUGCAGUUCAAAGCGGUUUUUGUCCCAACUCUUUCUUUUUUAAUUAAAUUCUUCCUAGGCUCAAAAACUGACGCGGUAUCGAGAGAAAAUGAACGGGUCUUAUAUUUAUACUCUUUCUGUGGUCAUGGAUCAGCCAAGUUUUGCAAAUUUCAAGGUUUUCUACCUUUUCAAAUUUUUGGAAUACUUCUUGACAUUUUCAGGCGAAGAUCAGAGAUUCGGGUAACGGAAGCAUGGAAAUUGUUGGCACGAUCAAUCGAGAGGAUUCUUACAAAAGGACCGCAAAUUGCAUUGAUGUCAACUCCUAUCGACCAUUAUGUUAUUGUAGAAAACAUCAAUAG